AUGCUGGAUGCAACCGCAAUCCCGGUUCCACGGCGGAGCUGGUCCACUCGGAGACCUCGGAAACUUCCCCGAGGAAACCAUGUGGAAGAAUUCAGCCGUAUAUUGAAGGAAGGCGUCAAGUCGAGAGAGGACGAGUUGAUGGCUAGCUCCGGGAACUCACCUCUGGACAUCCUUCUCAGCCCGCCUGACGAAGAGGACCAGAAAUAUUCGCCCGGGCAUGAUUCCGAGCACGAAACGCCUUUCUCACUCAAAUCUGCAUCAAGUGAUUCCAUGCCCUCCCUCGAUCACGACAUAGCGUCUCCUUCUAGCUCCAUGCUCCCGCCAACUCCAGGUAGUCAAAAGAGUCCUUGUGAACGUCGCCAUCUGCGCUAUUCACCUUCGGAAGAUUGUGCCUUGGACCAUCCUCUUCUCGAAACGGAGAUUCAAGAGGGUGAAUAUAUGGACCUUGUGGCUCCUAUCGAGACAGAAAUACACCACGAUGCGACGCCACCUUCCAAACGCGCGGGCUCCCUCGCUUCAUUUCCACGUCUACGGUCUUCGUUCAAAUCAAACCUGACGGCUUCAUUGCGAGCUAUCAAAUCUGCGGCCCAGUCGGUAUCAACGUUCGCUACGCCGUCUGUGCAACCGGAGGACUUUCUUACACGGUCCCUUUUUAUUAUUACGCCGGAACUUACAGACGACCGUCGGCCGCCACCUAUGCGAGACCCGCCAUCUCCGGCAUUGAGACGAUAUCUCAACCCAACACCCAUUUCCCCAGCGGAGAUGUACGUCUAUCAUGAUCAUCCUCACGAAAAGCCUGAUUCGAUACGCGCAUGCCCGGUUUCAAUCCAAAUGCAAACAUACCGCCGGUCCCGUGGCAGAGGACACCGGCGCAAUCAUUUCCAUGUUGUCGCCGUGAAGAACUGCGACCAGUACACGUGCUUCGAUCCGGAGAUCCCGCCAAUGUCACGUCAGCGUGAACCUCGCGAAAACUGUGACUUUCUCCGUAUGGUCGUCCUUGAGAUGAACAUGCGUCGCAGUGGUAAGCUGCGCGAGGAUAUCCCCACUCGAGCUCGCAUUUGGCUUCCUCCGCGGAAGAGUAACCCCUAUCGCUUGUCGAGUGAUUAUGAGGAUGGUGAUGACAAUGACACUGUCCCUUCCCGCUGGGUGGGUAUGUCGGCUUAG